UUAAACUUGGCUUUGUAGAAGUAUAGCGUCCCUGGCUGUCUAAUUGACUUUGGGCUGAACAAAGCCUUGUAUGCCUGCUGUGAAAACGAAUAUACAGUGUCGGUGUAUUAUAUACACAUAUCGGAUGGCAUUGUUACAAAGCUAACGAGCAGUCAAAAGUUUUAAUACUAGACUUUCUGUAUUAGAAUCCUGACAUUGAGGUGAAAUACAAGUUGUUAUAUCAUAAAGAAAUAUAAUUUUUCUUUGCCUUCAUAAAAUGUCUCUGUUGGCUAUCUAAAUAUUUUCGUUUUCAUAAAUAUGUCUAAAUGAAAUACAAAGGCAUAUGGCAUGAAAUUGUGACAAUACUGAUAAUUUGAUUGGUUUAAUGUGAACAAAUAAUGUUGGAAGGUCGAGUCCAGUCAAGAUGAAAUACUUCCAAAAUGUCCUGCUUGUUGUGCCACCAUUCAAUAACAAAUGAUCUAAGAUCAAAUCUUUUGGCAGGUGUAGGAGAAAGUGCUCUGAGACUCUUGGCUCCCUCAAGCCUUACCCUGGUGAGCUGAUCCCAACCGACUGGAACAUGAGGUUUCUUAGCGCUGAUCGGUCACCUGUAUAACGAGAAAAUAUAUCAGAGCUCCGCGAACGAGAUAUCGCAUUGAGGAGCCUCGAGUGUUAGCUGUAAUCACGUGACAGCGUUUAUGACUUCAUAGAGUAAUGACGUCACCUGCAUUCGACAACCACAAGACAAUCACCACAACGUCCUGUGUCGUUCGUGACUGCAGUCUCGCUAACAUUUUACUGAGUGUCAACUCGUUUAGUGAUCAACAAUGAACCUGUCAGCCAUCAGAAAACUCCAAGAGGAUUUUGUUCUGGGUGGGUUUUACCAAACUCUGAAGUCACUCCCAGGAAGUUCAGGAAUCAUUGACAGACUUGGUAUCUCCCAACUCUUCCUUAUAACGAAGAAGCUGUUGAAAAGUCCGGCAGGAUUUGAGGAUUUACUCAACUUUUUCAAUCGAAAGGAUUACGAUUACCCCUGCCAUGUGAGGCUCGAACUCAUAAGAAUGUUCCGAGGUCUGGCUGGUCAACUGAAGGAGAAGAAAACAAGCACGUACAACGACCGCGUCAUGAAAAGAAAACAACAAAAACUGAAGGCCAUGCAGAGUGAUCUCCCUUCAUCCUCGGGAACAGUGGCCAGCUUCUUUGAAGGACUUUCCAGAACUGUAAACAAAGUUCCAAAUUAUGUGCCGUGUGAAGAUGUCAGCGUCCUCUGUCAUAUGUGCGGCUGUUAAUAAUUUGAUAUUCUGAACAUUGAAUCAUAUAGAUGACACACUUUUGUUACUUAUUUGUUUGUAAAAAAAUGACCGGUUUAUUAAAUUCUAUUGUAUGACAUACAUGGAUAUUAUAUUGUAUGUUUUUCAUGAUAAAACCGUGAAUAUGAAAUAUGUAGGACGGUGAGGAAAGCAUAAGCCUGAUUAAACCGAAAUCGGAUUAUUAGAUUCCC